AUGGCAGUUUUUAAUACAACAGAGGCGCAAUCGGUUGAUGUUACUAAUAGUAUCCAUGAAGAUGCUGAAUUGGGGCCUGACAAAGAUGAACUAAAAAUUCUUGAAUCUAGUCGACCAUGUGAUUACUCAUUUAGACAGAUUGAUAGUUUGGAUUACUUUGAGAAGUUACCCGCGAAUGAAGUGGACGCUCAAAAACCUCGAGCAUUUCGUUUGGGAGGUCUGCCAAAAAUUGGGCGCAAUGCCCGCUAUCUUUCCUUAUCGAUUUGGCUCAAUAACAACCGCUUGACAAAUUUGGAAUAUUUGGAUAAAUUUACAAAAUCAAUUUUGGUGUAUCCUAAUCUGCUCAGCUGGCUGGAUAUAUCUCACAACCGCAUAAAUGAAAUAAACGAUGUUAUUGCGACAUUUCAGAAUUUGAAGAUUUUAUACUUGCAUCAUAAUGAUCUUCGAUCGAUAAAAUCUAUUCUAAUUUUGAGAAACUUGCCAAAACUUAGAAAUUUGACAUUCGCCGGAAAUCCUAUAGAGCAGAGCACGGAAAAUUACCGAAUAUUCAUAGCACAUUUAUUUCCCAACAUUAUUAAAUUAGAUUUUACGCUUGUGACAAUUGAAGAAAAAACCUCACCUGCACCAGCUGCUUUUUACAGGGUUAUGAACCUAUAG